CUAAUAUAUUAUUUUCAGCCUAUGUUUCAUGAUGGCAUGAAAGAGUGGAGCUGUUGCAAGCAAAGAAGCCAUGAUUUUAGCUUAUUUUUGGCUAUUCCUGGAUGUGCCACAGGGAAGCAUACAACUGAGAAACCAGUCACAAAAGCUGUUUCUCUUAACUCAAAGGCAACCCCACCAAAGUUAGCUCCAAUCCAGUCUUCUAAGCAGGGUGUGGAAACCGAGGCCUGCUCCAGGUGCCGUCAGGGUUUCUUUUGCUCCGACCAUGGAUCACAGCCCAAGGCACAAAAACCAGUUGCUGUAAAUGGUACAAAUACGGAACCUGUCGAAAAAUGCUCAGUUCCACAGCCCAAGAAAAAAGUUGUUAAUAUAAAUGAGCCUAGGGUUUGUAAGAAUAAAGGAUGUGGUAAAACCUACAAAGAGAAGGAUAACCAUGAUGCUGCAUGUGAAUACCAUCCAGGUCCUGCGGUUUUCCAUGACAGGAAUAGAGGGUGGAAGUGUUGCGAUGUCCACGUCAAGGAGUUUGACGAAUUUAUGGAGAUACCUCCAUGCACAAAGGGCUGGCACAAUGCUGAUGCCGUAUGAGUUCACACCAUGACUCUUGCAUUAAGAGUUAUAUUUGUUGUAUUAUCUCCUGGUGCAUAAGGUUGGCAUCUUGCCGCAAUUUCUGGAGAACUGUGCUUGGAAGUGUGACCUGAUAUUCAAGAAUAGGCUGCUUGAGUGAGUAAUUACCUCGAAAUCUCAUGUGAUGUUUCAUGUAAUCUGGAAUCGGAACUUGAAACCAUAUGUGCACACUCAAUUUAGUAAUUUAACUAUGCCCUUUUGAAGUUAAA